ACUCCUCUAAAAACCUACCCGGUUCGGUUUUUUUUGGCACCGGAACCGAGCAAGCCCGGUCCGUGGCGAGAGCCGAGCGGCUCAGAGAGAUCGAACGAAGGGAGCGAGGGAAAUGGCGGCGGUGGUGGUGGGCGCGGGGGUGCUCGUACCGUUCCCGUUCUACUACGCUCUAUGGAACUACCCGCAUAAAUGGGUGGCUCUAUGCGGGAAGGGGGUGGACCCCUCCCAUCGCAUGGCCCAGAUCUCCCACGCCCUCAAGGCCCUCCAGAUCCUCUCCCUCCUCUCCCUCGCACGAAUCUCAGCGCCUCCCCCCGCCUACUCCGUCCUCCUCUUCCUCCUCGGACAGUACCUCAACUUCAAGGUGUACCAGUUGCUCGGGGAGGCGGGGACGUACUACGGUGUCCGAUUCGGAAAGAACAUUCCCUGGGUCAGCGAAUUCCCCUUCGGCUACAUCAAGGACCCACAGUAUGUUGGGAGUAUACUGAGUCUUUUAGCCCUCCUGUGUUGGGUCCCCUUCUGGUGUGUGUUUCUGUGGAUUCUUGGCUAUCUCUUCAUGAUGUGGGUCGAAUCCGACGAAGAUCCCGCAACGCGUGCGAAGCCGCUCUCCUGAUUUCAUUGUUUGAGACUGGCUUUUUAGGGCUAGUUUGUCCUGAAAUACUCCUUUCACUUGUUGAUUGUUACCGUCUCUUUUGCCGACGCAAAUAACUGCGCACUACAUGGACUGAAUAUAUUUGCUUGAUUUAAAACUCUUCUCUAAGCUCCUUAGGCUGAUUCUUCUUACUCUUCUACUCAAUUGUAUACUUGUUUGCACUUUGCAAUGGAUAUUGAAAUCUGUAAGGGUUGUUUGCAUGCUUGAGGAAGGAAUCCUGAAUGUUUCAACCAUUUCUGGUACACUCUUUUUUAUAGUAUGAGAAUAAUUUACAGGAGGGAACUCAACGAAUUCCUGAUUUUAUGAAA